AUGGCCAGCUCACCUCCCGCCCCAUUUCCCGCAAGUCUCCCAAAUCCCAAGAAGCGAACCUCCAUGAGUUCACAGGCAUCGGCUCCGGGAGCAUCCAAACGACCCAAGCUACAUCCGCUCAGACAAACCUCAUUCCCUGCUCAAGAUGCAAGUGGACGAUAUGGUUCUGCCGUCACGAGUGCACGCUCCGAAACCGGUAGUGUCGCAAACAGUCUCUUGUCAGGGGUGAGCGGUAAAGUCCCCGGCCGUGGAAGAGGAAGACCUCGGAAGUCACAACAACUCAACGACGAAGAUACUCGCUCCGUCCGCCAGGCUCCUACAGACACGGCCAGCCAAGUCGAGAGUACCUCAAGAAAUGCGGGCCGCGGAACAAAGUCGGUGGUCAGCGCUCGCUCAGGUGCAGCCGAGCAGGAAGAUGAUGACGAGGGCGACAUUGACGGCAUGUUUGAGACCAUGGAUGAGCAGGAGAGACGGCAAGCUGAAGAAGAGGAGACACGGCAGGAGCAGCGCCGUGAACGACUGGCCGAUACGCUCGACCCGGACCAAUACGCCCGAUAUAAUCAGUGGCGGGCGCUUUCACUCAACGUCGCUACGGUGAGGCGGCUGGUCAAUUCUGUUGUCUCGCAGUCGGUUACCUCUGCGCCUCUGCAAGCGGUCAGAAUCUACGGCAAAUGGUUUGUGGGCGAGAUCGUGGAGAGAGCACGCGAGGUGCAAAUCGAAUGGGCCAAGGCAUACGACGAGACGAGGAAGGAGGAGCAGGAACGGCGGCAACAGCAGCUGGAGGUCCUGGAGGAGAAGCAGAAACAAGGCAACCACACCGAUCAACAGGGCCGCUUAUUGACGAGAGAGAUUGAAGGGCUGAGGAGAGAAGCCAAGGAGUACAUCCCAAAUCCGCACAAGGGAGGGCUCUUGCCGGAUCACCUUCGAGAGGCUUUGCGGAGAUACAAAGCCGACGGUGAAGGUGGAGGUGUCGGAUUCGAAGGGACGAGCCACGGUCUACUGGGAGUGCAGGGGCCCAUGGCCUGGAGAGUUGGUGAUGGUGCUUCUGGAAGGCGACUCUUGAGAUGA